AUGGGCUGUAACAUCGACACCCUCAAAGAUCUAAAGGAAAGUGUUAAUCACUUUCCAUCCGGAAAUGGUGCGGCUCACCUCUCCAUUCCAGCAGAAUAUAUUACCAUCCCGCUCGAAGCCAUAUCGUCUUUCACGGCCGAACUACAUCUGUUCGUUCUGGUGGAUCCAAAACCACCGCUUCCUCAAAUCAUAACUGGAUUCACAGAGGGUGAUGUAUUGGAAUCGAACACAAACACAAACCCAGCCCUUCAAGCCCUCAACGAUGAGCUGUACGACUUCCUGGCCCUUUCCGUCCGCGGGUUCAUCUUUCCAUGGUGGAUGAAGAUCAGUCCAAGGGACAGAGAGUUUCCUCUGGAAGUCACACGGAUUAUAACCCACGUGUUAAGGCAGGUAGAGGACCGUGUCAUGGUUGCAGACGUGCCUCUCCUCUUGGCAAAUGUCCUACCGACACUCCUUAAACAACACUAUGCCGACUAUCAUACUGCUUCUGCCAAGGUAGCGACAUCGUAUGUAACUGGGCUACCGUCUGACAACGAUCCACUGGCCCAUAUUUUCCAUUCACUUCAACCGCAUAUGGCAAUUUCCGCAGAGGGCAGAAUAGAUCCAAACUACAUACGCCAAGCCGUAGAAUAUGUCAUGAAGGCUUGUCUUCCACCUGAAGACUGGGAGUCGGAGACAGAGCGCAGCAUCGUACGGGAAAUCAUUGUCAAAAUUAUCCUGGAAAAUGCUUUCCCUCGAUUGAGUCAAGGGUGGUUUAUACAAAAGAAUUUACUAGAACUAUUAGGGUCACCAAAUGAUUUUGUUGCUCCGACUGAAAAGGACGAUCAGCCACCUGCUCCAGCUCGCGCAAAGUCUACGUUCAAUCUAGUGGUCGUAUUCGUUUUAUCGGCUGUACAAAGUAUCUCUGGGUUUGCAUUAGCGGCCAUAUCUGGGGUACAAGCUUGUCUGCAGACCAUCGCCGACGUGAAGAAGGCACCUCCUAGAAAAUAUCGAACCGACCCUACCAGAAGAGACCUCGCAACUCCUAGCGUUGAGAUGUUGGCCGAA